UAGUAAAUUAAAUUGUAACGUUUUCAAUCUCAGAGGAACAGAGGAAACGUGAGUCUCCUCAGAGUUUUCUGACAUGUUCUACCUCACCAUCUCCAUACAAGAGACAGUGUUCAAAUCAUGUUCCUCUCAGACUGAGUGGGAGAUAAGAGCCGGUGCUCUGGGAGCUCUGGAGGUGUAUCAUAACACUGUGUGGGGCUCAGUCUGUGAUGAUCAGUGGGACAUCAGCGAUGCUCGGGUGGUCUGCAGGCAGCUGGGUUGUGGAGCAGCACUGAGGGCUGAUGGGAAUUCAGUCUUUGGUGCUGGUGAAGGUGUUGUGUGGAUGAACAGAGUCGAGUGCAGAGGGAAUGAGAUUCACCUGUGGGACUGUCCUCUCUCCCUGAAAAACCACACUGACUGCUCCCACAAAGAGCACGCUGGACUCACCUGUGCAGGUCACAGCAAAAUACUGAGGAAUAAUAUUCAUUUUUAGAU